AACGGGCCGCACGCAUUCUACGUAACGGCUGGCGGAGGUUACGUGAAGAGUGGUGCGGCGUGACUGAGCUACCUGGUCCGGCUGUGUCCUAGAGGCGUCGAGGGCAGUGAAACCGCAGUGACCCGGCAGGCGGUGGCCGGCCCGAGAGGCAGGCAGGGUAAGGCGGCAGCCGCAGGAGCGCUGGUCCGGGUUCUAGCCCUCUGUACAGGGGCAAUGAAAGCCUUCCAUGCUUUCUGUGUUGUCCUUUUGAUAUUUGGGAGUGUCUCUGAAGCCAAGUUUGAUGAUUUCGAGGAUGAGGAAGACAUCGUAGAGUAUGAUGAUAAUGACUUCGCUGAAUUUGAGGACGUCACAGAAGACUCUGUUACUGAAUCUCCUCAACGAGUGAUAACCACUGAAGAUGAUGAAGACGAGACUACUGUGGAGUUGGAAGGGCAGGAUGAAAACCAAGAAGGAGAUUUUGAAGAUGCAGAUACCCAGGAGGGAGAUACCGAGAGUGAACCAUAUGAUGAUGAAGAAUUUGAAGGUUAUGAAGACAAACCAGAUACUUCUUCUAGCAAAAAUAAAGACCCGAUAACAAUUGUCGAUGUUCCUGCACACCUCCAGAACAGUUGGGAGAGUUAUUAUCUAGAGAUUUUAAUGGUGACUGGUCUGCUUGCCUACAUCAUGAAUUAUAUCAUCGGGAAGAAUAAAAACAGUCGCCUUGCUCAGGCCUGGUUUAACACUCAUAGGGAGCUUUUGGAGAGCAACUUUACCUUAGUAGGGGAUGAUGGAACUAACAAAGAAGCCACCAGCACAGGAAAGCUGAACCAGGAGAAUGAGCACAUUUACAACCUGUGGUGUUCUGGUCGAGUGUGCUGUGAGGGGAUGCUUAUCCAGCUGAGGUUCCUCAAGAGACAGGACUUAUUGAAUGUCCUGGCCCGGAUGAUGAGGCCAGUGAGUGAUCAAGUGCAAAUAAAAGUAACCAUGAAUGAUGAAGACAUGGAUACCUAUGUGUUUGCUGUUGGUACUCGGAAAGCCUUGGUACGACUACAGAAAGAGAUGCAGGAUCUGAGUGAGUUUUGUAGUGACAAACCUAAGUCUGGAGCGAAGUAUGGACUGCCUGACUCCUUGGCCAUCCUGUCAGAGAUGGGAGAAGUCACAGAGGGAAUGAUGGAUACAAAGAUGGUUCACUUUCUUACACACUAUGCUGACAAGAUUGAAUCUGUUCAUUUUUCAGACCAGUUCUCUGGUCCAAAAAUUAUGCAAGAGGAAGGUCAGCCUUUAAAGCUACCUGACACUAAGAGGACACUAUUGUUUACAUUUAACGUGCCUGGCUCAGGUAACACUUACCCAAAGGAUAUGGAGGCUUUACUACCCCUGAUGAACAUGGUGAUUUAUUCUAUUGAUAAAGCCAAAAAGUUUCGACUCAACAGAGAAGGCAAACAAAAAGCAGACAAGAACCGAGCUCGAGUGGAGGAGAACUUCUUGAAGCUGACGCAUGUGCAGAGACAGGAAGCUGCCCAGUCUCGGCGUGAGGAGAAGAAAAGAGCAGAGAAGGAGCGAAUCAUGAAUGAGGAAGAUCCUGAGAAACAGCGCAGGCUGGAGGAAGCUGCCUUGAGGCGUGAGCAAAAGAAAUUGGAGAAGAAGCAAAUGAAAAUGAAACAAAUCAAAGUGAAAGCCAUGUAAAGUCAUCCAAGAGAUCUGAGUCCUUAUGCCACCUGUAAGCUCUGAAUUCACAGGAAACAAAAAAUACCAGUUCAUUUCUCAUUGUAAAGUUUCCCAGUGACUGAGAAAUCCUUAUUUCAUCAUGUGUUCUGUUUUUGGUUUGGAGUUUUACAAAGGUUAUAGAUACAUUGGAAGGACUCUGUUACAGUAAUUUUCUUCCAGAUAAUCAGAUUAUUUUGAUUAUUUUAUAAAAGGAAUAAUAUAUGAAAUCUGUGUAGUUUCAAAACAUUUUAAAAAUUAUAACAUGAAUCAGUACUUUUAGUGCUUGAUAUUUGAAGAAAUAUCAUGAAAUUUAUAGAUAUAUAAUUAGAUUGUUACUUUUUGUUUAAACUAGACAGUUGAAAUGGCUAUGAAGACUGACUCUAAACCAAGAUUCCACAGAUAACUAUUGGAAUUGCACAAUAAACAUUGCUUGGUGGUCU